AAUACUACGCCCGGAGCCCCUCUUCUCCUUCGCCUCUCCCCGCUCCGGGUUUCGACUUCUUUCCCCUCGAAACCCUAGCCAUGGCGGUGAGAGGCUUCCGCGGUGUCAGGGACGACCUCUCGGAGCUCGGACGGCACCUUCUCGACAUAGCCUGCCUUUUCUCUCCCCUCCUUCCCCCUCCCCACCACGAGUCGCCGCCGCCGUCCCCCCGCCCCGCCUCUUCGCCCUCGACCCCGCCGGCGCGCGCCUCCGCCAGGGCCCUCGCGGGGAUCCUCAGCGACCUCGCCGAGAUCGGAGGCGGGUUCCGCAGCGGCAUCACUCGACUCUCGGGUGCACUGCGUGGCCCUGCGGAUCGAGACAGGGAAUCGGGAGAUCGCGCGGGAAAGUCUCGGGAAAUCGGGGUCUCGGAGGAGGUUCUUGAAUACGUGGAGGAUCUCGUCAAGUAUCCCGAUUCCUGGCUGGAGUUCCCGGUGCAUUUAGAUGAAGAGUUUCAUAUGUCUCGUACUCAAAAAGAGCACAUUACAACAGUUGAACGUAUCAACCCUAAUUUACAAUCUCUUCGACUUAGACUUUGCCCCGCCCAUUUAAGUGAGGAUUCUUUCUGGAGGAUAUACUUUGCAUUGUUGCAUCCUAAACUGAACAAGCAUGAUUCUGAAUUGCUAUCUACUUAUCAGAUUGUGGACUCGAUGCGUGUAGCAGCAAAGGAAAUGAGCAGUAGACAGUCUAACAACAUUGAUUCACAGAGCUUAGCUUCAUUGGCUAGCGAAAAAUGUGGUAGCAUCCAACAGGAGCAUAACAAUGGAUGGCAAGAUGCACUGAUGGUGAAGACACGAUCGCAACAAAGCAUCGAUCAGUGGUCUGAAGUGUCUGGUGCAGCCUACGCUUCUUCCGAUGCAACAAUGAGACUUAGACCUGAUGACAUGUCAUCAAGGGGUAAUGUCGAUGAGGGUAAUGUUUUGGUGAUGGAGAAGUACAUGGAUUCUCUCUUGACAGCAGAGCAGUUAUUUCAUUUGCCUUAUUCCUUGAGGAGGAAGCAUGCCUCAGCAAGUGAGGAAAACUUGGCAAUGUAUCGGAAGGUGUCGAAAUUGAAGAUGUCCUCCGAUGAGGAAUCUAGUGAUUGGCAACCCGUGGAGGACUCAGACUUUGAGGUCUUAGAGAAAUCAUCGGCCGAGAGGAGCCCCGUGCAUCUCUACCGCCCCACAUAAGUUUCUUUAUUUUGACUCAUUGUAAACAAACACGAUCAAGUUCUUCAUAUUGCUAAGAUGAUCAACGGCCAAGUUGUCAUAAAGUUCAUACUCUGGAAGCAAAUUUUAUCAUCCUUGUAUAUUUCUGUAAUUAUUUAUCCUUAUAUCAGAUUGAAAUCUGAUAUCGACUUUCUCAA